AUGGGAUCGUACUGGAGUGCUCGUGAGAGUGAAGAAUGUCCAUGCUGCUCACUCUCUGUGAAAAUCAUAAGGAUGAGAAAUCUGAGAAAGGCAGAUCUGUUUAGUCAAACUGAUUGCUAUGUAAGCCUGUCCUUGCCUACUGCUUCCCCUGAGACUGUCCGGACCAAAACCAUCAAGAACUGCAAAGAUCCAGUGUGGAAUGAAACAUUUUGCUUCAGGAUCCAGAGCCAAGUAAAAAAUAUUCUUGAGCUGAAAGUCUAUGAUGAAAAUGCAAUCACUGAAGAUGACCUUCUCUUCACUGUUCUCUUUGAUGUUGCCAAAAUCCAGCUUGGUGAAACUGUUCAUUUGACUUUUCAGCUAAAUCCAAAGACACAAGAGAUGCUGGAGGUUGAGUUUGCAUCAGAGAGCAUUCCCAUCCCUUCUGAAAAGCUUGUCACUAACGGUGUAUUAGUGUCUCGUGAAAUUGCCUGCUUGCAAGUCCUGGUGGACAGCAGACAGAUGAAGAAAGAACCUUCAGAAAAAGACUUCUUGUUUGCAGUGAAGGGAUCCUAUGAAGAGAGCCAGACCCUGUCACUGGGCUCUUCCUGGAGACUCGCAGAGGCCCUGGACUUCCAUUACAUUAAAUACAGCCUCUCGGAGCUGUAUAUGGCUCUAGCAGAGAAGCAGCCUCGUUUCUGCUUGGUAUGUGAUUGUGAAGAGAAAAAAGACUUCCAUGCAUCCCUCGCUAUUCCUCUGGAUUCACUUCCCUUCAAGGAGAAAGUAGCAGUGGCAAAGGAUGAAACAAUCAAUUUACAAGUGAAGUCAGAUGACUGGUCAAGAAACUUGGACGUUCGCUUGGAGUUUGAUCUGUGCAUGGAGGAGAAAAAUUUCCUGCAGAAACGAAGGAAGCUUGUGGCUUCUGCUCUGAAGAAAGCACUUCAUUUAGAGCAAGACCUACAAGACCAUGAGGUACCAGUUGUAGCCGUGAUGACAACAGGAGGUGGGACCCGGGCACUGACAUCUCUUUUAGGCAACCUCUUGGGUCUCCAGAAGCUGAAUCUCUUAGAUGCUGUUUCAUACAUCACUGGGUCAUCUGGUUCAACAUGGACCUUGUCACAUUUGUAUCAGAGCGCUGACUGGUCACACAAGGAUCUGUCUAGACCUAUUAGUGAAGUCCGCAGACAUAUGACCAAGUGCAAGUUAAGCUGCUUUUCCCUGGAGAGCUUCAAGUACUACGACAAGGAGCUAAAACUGCGGAAGCAAGAGGGAUACCAGAUCUCUAGCGUUGAUUUGUGGGGGCUUCUGCUGGAGAAAGCAUUAAGUGAUGGGAAAAACAACCACAAACUCUCAGAUGAGCGACAGGCGUUGGGUCAGGGUCAGAAUCCUCUACCCAUCUACAUGAUCCUCAACAUGAAAGAAGACUACAGCCUCUCAGAGUUCAAAGAAUGGGUAGAGUUCACCCCCUAUGAGGUCGGAUUCUUAAAAUACGGCGCCUUCAUUCGUGCAGAGGAUUUUGGCAGCGAGUUCUUCAUGGGUCGCCUUAUGAGGAAGCUCCCCGAGUCCCGGAUCUGUUUUAUGAAAGGCCUAUGGAGCAAUGUCUUUUCCUACAACCUCUUGGAUGUCUGCCGUUUGUCGGAUCCUACGAAAGGAUGCUCACUGAGGUGUACCCAACACAGGGCUGUUGAUGUUGAAGGAAAUGAGCCUUCCCUACCAGCCAGGAGCCAUGGGUUGGAGACUUACUUAGUCACCCCUGAAUGUGGCAUCAUGGGCAUCAUUCGGCAGAUCCUGACCGAGCGGGUGAUGGUUUCAAAGUUCUACAACUUCCUGAAGGGGUUCCAGGUGCACAAUGAAUACCUUCAAAGCAAAAGCUUCUGUAUAUGGAAAGAUACUGUACUAGAGAAUUUCCCCAACCAGCUGACAGAAGCAGCAAAGUUCAUGUGCCUGGCAGACACAGCAGGAUACAUCGACAUCAGCUACCCACCGCUGAUGAGACCGGAGAGGAAAGUGGAUAUUGUCAUACACUUAAACUAUUCUUCUGGAUCACAGACAUCGCCUUUGGAAGAAGCCUCGAAGUACUUCCAAAAGCAGGGAAUCCCAUUUCCCAAAAUCCACCUGAGUGAUGAAGAAAAGAAAAAUCUGAAGGAGUGCUACAUCUUUGAAGACACAGAGACCCCAGAGGCGCCAACCGUGGUAUUUUUCCCGCUGGUGAAUGACACCUUCAGAAAAUACAAAGAGCCUGGUGUGGAGCGCAGCCCUGAUGAGAUGGCGCAGGGCAACGUGGAUGUUUCCAGCAGUUUUUCCCCAUAUUGCUUAAACAGCUUUACCUACACAGAGGAAGAGUUCGACAAGCUGAUAGAGCUGACCAGCUACAACAUUCAGAACAACAGCCAUCUGAUCCUUCAGGCUUUGUAUUCGGCCAUAGAGCAGAAACGACAGCACAAAAAAUAA